UUAAGGCAUUCUUCUGCCUGUUCCUCCUAGGUUUCCAGAUGGUGACAUUGCCGGCGGCGAAUGCGAUCCGGUUGUCGGAAGGCGGGGAGGUUGUAGAGGAAGGUCCGACGAGUCUGAUCAGCUGCAAAAAGGAAGCUGAUUGUGCCAAUGCAGGGAGCAUUCUGGUUUGCAUCGAUGGCCACAUCCACUGCCGCAACCAGAUUUGCCAAUGUGUUAAUGACUGAAAUUGUUUUUAUAUAUAUAUAUAUAUAUGAUCCGGAGAUUUGAUGCUUGUUGAAUUGAGCCACGGUACUUAUGCAAAAGAUUUGUUCCCUAAUAAAACGAUUGGGUUAAAA